CAGAAAAAAUCAAACAAACCGUAGGUCUUAGAGAACAAUUGUGUCCUGAUGGCAGCUCCGCGGCUCACCCUGCUGUGGGCUGUGUGUCUGCUGCCAGGCCACCUGGCCCUGCCGCUGCCCGAGGAGGCCAAAAGCGUGAGUGAGCUUCAGUGGGACCAGGCUCAGCACUAUCUUAAAAGAUUUUAUUUUCAUGACACCAAGACAAAGGAUAUCAACAGUUUAGUAAUCAAACUCAAGGAGAUGCAAAAGUUCUUUGGCCUGCCUAUGACUGGAGAGUUAAACCCCCACACCAUAGAAAUUAUGAAGAAGCCCAGAUGUGGAGUGCCAGAUGUGGCUGAAUACUCACUGUUCCCAAGCAGUCCAAAAUGGACUUCCAGAGUCAUCACUUACCGAAUCGUGUCAUAUACUUCAGACUUACCACACUUUGUUGUGGACCAAAUAGUUGCAAAGGCUUUAAGCAUGUGGAGCGAGCAGAUCCCACUGGACUUCAAGAGAGUUAGAUUUGGAACUGCAAACAUCAUGAUUGGCUUUGCGAGAGGAGCCCAUGGAGACCAGUACCCAUUUGAUGGACCGGGGAACACACUGGCUCACGCCUUUGCACCUGGGCCAGGCCUGGGAGGAGACGCCCACUUUGACAAAGAUGAAUACUGGACUGAUGGUAGCAGCCUAGGAAUUAACUUCUUGGUUGCUGCAACUCAUGAACUUGGCCAUUCUCUGGGUCUGGCUCAUUCAUCUGACCCUGAGGCUGUGAUGUACCCAACCUAUGGAAAUGGAGACCUGCUAGAUUUCUCACUUGCUGAGGAUGAUAUAAAAGGCAUUCAGAGAUUAUACGGAAAGAGAAAUGAUUUAAGGAAGAAAUAGAAGCUCCAGGAAAAAUAUCUAUCUGUUGGGUUCAGUAUCAGUAUUCCUCAUCUAGAAUGAACAAAGGUUCUUCCUGUACUUCAUUCAGCAGUUGCCUGACGCUUGUAUUGUGGUUGGGUUUUGCAUGUUUCUCUGAGGAGACACUCCUUUAUAGCAUGACUUGGUUUCACUCAUCUAUGAUUUUCCUCAGGUAAACAUUCAGUUAUCAAACGUCAAUAAAUAUUACAUCCACAAAGAA